AGCAACUUUUCAUUCAAAAUGGCCGAAUCAAACAAACCCUCAGAACUUUCUCUCUCUAUUCUAUAUGGAAGAAAUGGGAGUGAUGAAUUGGGUGCCAAAAAUGCGAUCAAUAUACAUAAAAGUCAACCGAUCGAUGUAAACGAGCUUGCUAUCGGUCCAAUGAUUAGUGAAGGAGCCCAUUCCAUUGUCUAUGAAGGAUUGUACAAGUCCACACCUGUUGCUAUAAAAGUUAUACAGCCAGCCAGCACAUCAUCUGUCACUCCUGAAUGCCAAGAAAAAUUUAAUAGGGAAGUGUUGAUGCUGUCUAAAGUUAAUCAUGACCACAUUGUGAAG